AUGGGACGCAGACCUUCAGCUGCCGAAGCCGUGGCAAACGCUCGACGACGACAAAGUGUGGAUGACCGCGCUGUAACAGGCGCUGGAGAGAUCACCACCCGCCAGUCUAUCAUCCCAGUCUCGCUAGUAACGAUCUUGUUCUUCAUGUGGGGAUUUGCGUAUGGGCUCCUUGAUGUGCUGAAUAAGCAUUUUCAAGAGACGUUGCAUAUAUCUGCCGCUCAAGCUGCUGGACUUCAAGGUGCCUACUUUGGAGCAUACUUCAUCGGUCCUCUUACCUACUCCGGCUGGAUAGUGAGGAAGUUCGGAUACCGCUGGACUUUCAUUACCGGCUUGACGAUCUACGGUAUUGGCGCUCUGCUGUUCUGGCCUAGUGGCAUGAAGAGGUCAUUCGGAGGCUUCUGUGGUUCAAUGUUCGUGGUCGGCUCUGGACUGUCAACGCUCGAGACGUCUGCCAAUCCUUUCAUCGCCACGUGCGGUCCGCCAAAGUGGUCUGAACUUCGAUUGAACUUGGCUCAAGCCUUUCAAGCUAUUGGAUCCGUUGUAGCACCCGUCCUCGCGUCCUUCGUCAUCUUCAAAGGCAUUCAUGGCGAGGAUAAGAACAGUCUACAAUCGGUGCAGUGGGUCUAUCUUGGUAUCGCUUGCUUUGUCUUCCUGCUCGCCAUCGUGUUCUUCUUCGCGCCGAUUCCAGAAGUGACUGAUGCCGAUAUGGCCGAACAAAGCGAGCAAGCUGCGGCCAGCACCGGGUACCAGGAUAAGCCGCUCAGUCGCCAGUAUACCUUAUUCUGGGGCACAAUCGCCCAAUUCUGCUACGUCGGUAGCCAGGUCGCGAUCGCUGGAUAUUUUAUUCACUACUGCGUCGAGGUCAAGCCGUCUCUGUCGUCAGCUGACGGUGCGAACCUGCUCGCCGUCGCCCAGGCCCUCUUCGCCGUCGGACGAUUCUCCGCCGCUCUGCUGAUGAAAUACGUCCGUCCACGACUUAUCCUCCUAGCCUUUAUGACCGGCAUCGUCAUUUUCAUUUCGGCCGCCAUCGGAACAUACGGCAAUACCGCGAUCGCCAUGCUCAGCUUGGUCCUCUUCUUCGAAUCCUGCAUCUUCCCGACUAUCUUCACCUUGUCCCUACGAGGCCUUGGUCGCCAUACCAAGCGCGGCGCAUCAUUUCUGGUGGCAUCCGUGUCAGGUGGUGCGGUGUUCCCGCCCAUGCUCGGUGCGGUUGUUGAUGCGAAGAAUACGCGCAUUGCGAUGGCCGUGCCGCUUGCGGGAUUCCUAGUCGCUUACUCGUUUCCCGUUUAUUUGAACUUGUUCAAGGCUCAGGAGUUGGAUGCAUUUAAUGAGACGAAUAUAGGCGUGGAGACACCUGUGGAGAAGGUUGGCGAGGUUGAGCAGUUCAGCGGGAAGGAUGUUGAGGCGGGGAAGAUUGAGCGAGUUUCUUCUAGGCAGUGA